CUCCAUUUUUAUUUUUAUUUUUUCUUUUUAUAAAUCCCCUUAGCUUAGAAUUAUCUUCUCUUCCACUUUCUCUGCAAUGGAAUUUCCUAAUUGCUUCACAAAAUUACUAUUCACUAUUUGCUUCUCACUAUUUUCACUAAGCUGCUUUUCAGUAGUACCCCAGCUAGCAUAUGCUACAGGCGGUGGUGGUGGUGGUCCUUGUCAUUUUCCGGCCAUAUUCAACUUCGGCGACUCGAAUUCCGACACUGGCGGCUUGUCGGCCGCUUUCGGCCAGGCUCCUCCCCCCAACGGCGAGUCCUACUUCCACGGACCGGCCGGUCGGUACUCUGAUGGCCGACUAGUCAUUGAUUUUAUUGCCGAAAGCUUGGGGCUACCGUAUCUAAGUGCAUACCUUGACGCAUUGGGCUCCAACUUCACUAAUGGAGCCAAUUUCGCGACCGCCGGAUCGACGAUCCGACCCCAAAACAUGACUCUACAUCAGAGCGGCUUCAGCCCCUUUUCUCUAAACGUACAAUACUAUCAAUUCAACGAUUUCCAACGAAGAUCUCAAUACAUACGCAACCAAGGGGGAGUUUUCGCACGACUAUUGCCAAAUGCAGAAGAUUUCUCGCACGCUUUAUACACAUUCGAUAUCGGUCAAAACGAUCUUACAGCAGGCUAUUUCUUCAACAUGACAACCGACCAAGUUAGAGAAUACGUUCCCGAUGUACUCGACCAAUUCAAGACCGUUGUUAAGUAUAUAUAUGAUCACGGAGGAAGGUCAUUUUGGAUACACAAUACCGGCCCGGUAGGUUGUCUGCCAUACGUGAUGGACCGCGUUCCGAUCACAGCCGGACAAGUGGAUAAGGUUGGAUGCGCGACUCCUUUCAACGAGGUUGCUCGAUAUUACAACCUCAAAUUAAAGGAAGCUGUUGUCCAGUUGAGGAAGGAUCUUCCUUCUGCAGCUUUUACAUAUGUUGAUGUUUACUCGGUCAAGUACGAGCUUAUUAGCCAAGCCAAAAAACAUGGUUUUGUGCACCCACUAAAAGCAUGUUGUGGGCAUGGAGGAAAGUACAACUUCAACAUGCACCAUGGUUGUGGGAGCAAGAUCAAAGUACAUGGUAAAGAAAUCAUGGUGGGAAAAUCAUGCAAGGAUCCAACGGUUGCGAUUAAUUGGGAUGGGGUGCAUUACACCGAGGCUGCUAAUAAAUGGGUUUUUGAUCAAAUUGUUAGUGGUGCUUAUUCGGACCCUCCAAUUCCAUUGAAUAAGGCUUGUCACAUGCACUAACUAAUUAUUAGGUCUUUUUUUCUUUUCUUUUUUA